AUGAGCAGUAUAUUAGCUCGUGUAAAACCUCUUUUAACGCCAUCCACAUAUCGUCCAUGUCUUUUCGUACGUUUUAACAAAUCCGGUGAACGAAUACAAACCAUCAAAUCAAGGAAUGACAAAGUAGAAACGAUAUGCGCAGUUCCCGAUCCAACAACGAAUCGAGGUAUCAUCUACGAACCGCCUUAUCUAUUCGAAACUGACCUUUAUCCAAACUAUUCAUCGUUGGCUGUCUCUAUACGAGGAUAUGAUUACGUUGUACUCGAAGGUUAUUUUCGAUAUAUACAAAAACUUGCCAACACACUAGAUAUUAAAGUUCCUGAAGCUGUUGCAAUUCCAGCUAAAUCAUCUCGUGUGACAAUUCUUAAACCGCGUAGUGCACAAAUCGAUGUUGAACAUCAUUUAAACCUGUAUCAUCGUAUAGUUAAGUUUGCGAAAGUCAAAGCAACCAUCGCACCGAUUCUAUUCGAAUGUAUUCGUUUAAAUAUUCCGGAAGGUGUAGAAUUGAAAAUCGACUUACCCAAUCCAGCUGAUGAUGAAUUUCGUUAUGUACCUGAUGUUGAAUUGAAACAAUUACAAAGUGAAUUGCGUGCAAUUGAUCACGAAAAAGAGGAAACACAAAAAGCUAAAGAAGCGAAACGUGCACUGAAACAAAAAGAGAAAGCUCAAGCCAUGCUUCUAUCUAUCUUAUCACCAUUCAAUGACGAAUCUCUGCUGCCAAGUUCAUCAGCCAACGAUACUUCAGAUAAUGACGAGGAAUCGAAAUAG